UUGGGCCAAGUUCAACAGACGCCCAUGGUGGCCAUGCACAAUUUGUCAUGACCCAGUGCUGGACUGUCACUCAAAAAUGAAAGUUUCCAAUCGGAGACCAUACCGAGAGUACUACGUGGAUGCCUUAGGAGAACCUUCAGAGAAAACCUGGGUUGCUGGGAAAGCUAUUGUACUCUUUGAAGGAAGACAUCAGUUUGAAGAGCUGCCUGUUCUUCGGAGAAGAGGAAAGCAAAAGGAAAAAGGCUACAAACAUAAGGUUCCUCAAAGAUUUAUGGCUAAAUGGGAAGUCAGUGUUGGACAGGCAGAAGACAUUCUUCUCGGUGGGCCAGAGGAUCAAAAGUGCAGCCAGAACUCCAGCGAGCUGGAUAGUGAGAAGGAAUUGCAGUCGGAAUACUAUGCCAAUGGCCCUGGAGCAGAAAGGGACAGGCAGCUGAAUGGCUGUUUUAAAUCCUUGGCAUUUGACUCCAGACACCCAGCCAGUGAAAAAGGAAAAUUGCACAUUAAGCCACAUGUGAAAAAAAGCUCUGACAGCAGAAAAAGGACUAGAGUAAAAAAGAGUGGUGCAAGAGGGGAAGCAUCUAGGGCAGAAAUCAGAGAAAAAAUGCCAGAGAGCAUAGUUAGAAGCAUGAUUGUUGGGGACCUACCAGAUAAACACGCGUCUCAUGAACUUCGCCGGAUUGCCAGCAGCCUAACAGCAUCCAGUAGCACCAGGGAAAACCAUUUGCUUUCCUCCUUUGGAGAAAGACGUUUUGAAAAGACACCUUUGAAACCGGGCUACGAGAAUCGUAAAAGUGAUGCUCUGAAGAACACUCUUCAAGGGGAUUUGUUUUCCAGUGCAUCUUUGGAGAGAGAGAAGAGCUCCCUGGGCAUUUUGUGCAGUUCCAAAUUACAAAUACACUAUUCUGCAUCUGAUGCUGGUACUGAGAAAAAGCAAACUGAAUCGGAUUCAUCCUCUUCCCUCUCAGAUGGUGGGAACAGUGAUGUAGACACCAUGGACCAAAGUUCAGAGAGAGCCUCUAGUGCUCUUGAAGUUAGUGAUUCUUCAGAUAAAGUGGAGAAGGAAUUUCCUAUGACGUCAAGUGGAAACAUUAAGCUUUCCAUGUAUCUUUCUCAGAAGAGCAACAGAAGGGCCAGGAAGAAGUCAUACAGAGAUCGCAAACUUCUGGGAGGUUCACUAACCAGCAGGCUUGAUGCUGAAUUUGCGGAUGGGGAGCUUGAAGUAGGCUUCUCUGAUGCUGAGAUGUCAUUGACGGCUCUUGAGCGCUCUUCAGAUGUGAGAAAUGACAAUCUUUCCCUAGCAAAGAAGCACACUACUCCCCAAAGUGUUUCCAAGGACAGCUCCUGGCCUGCUGUUGUAAAUCAAGCAAUCUUAAAACCUAAAAGUGUGAAAUUGCCCCGAAUCAGGAGUAUAAAAUGCAAACAUAAAGAAAAAGUUGCUGGGUUGGAGUCUUCUCGUGCAGAAGAGGAGGGUGGCGUGAAUCGCUGCUCUUCUGAUACCAAAGGUUUCUCUGGCCUUCAGAGAGAUUCUCUUCAGAGAAGCGGGAAAGUUGAUGGUCAGAAACUGUUAAACAACAUGCAUGAGAAACCCAGGGAUUCUGCUGAAAUAGAAACGGCUGUGGUGAAACAUGUCUUGUCAGAGCUGAAGGAGCUGUCUUACCGGUCCAUGAAUGAUGAUGCUAGUGACUCUGGCGCUCCAAAGGCCACAGUACCUUUACUUUUCUCUUCCGCCUCUGGUCAUGGUCGUUUGCCUAUUGAACCAGAUUACAAAUUCAGCACCUUGUUAAUGAUGUUGAAGGAUAUGCAUGACAGUAAGACAAAAGAGCAGCAACUGAUGACUAGUCAAAAUAUAGUCCCAUUUCGAAAUACCAGCACAGCUGAUGGUUCUGCAAGCAAUUCCACGAGUGGUCUGAAGUCCUUGUCUAUUGUAGGUCCCCCAUAUAAAAUAGAAAAAAAUGGAGAUUGUGUCCAGGAAACAGUAAAUCCAAACUCCGCUCUAAGCAACUCCUCAUUUUCAUGCAAUCCUCCAACCAAGUUGACGGGGAUUGGUACUAGUAAAAGGGAGCCCGCAAGUACUGCUGUUUCUGGGACAAAUGGCACAAAUUGCAUGCCCAAACGCAACUGUUCAAAAUCUAAGCAGUCAUCAAAGCUUGGAGAUAAAACAUUUUCAAACAGAAAGGACUUAAAACCAGGAGGGCCAAUACAUUCAGAGAGGAAACGCCUUAGAAAACCAAGUAAACGGCUUCUGGAAUAUGCAGAAGAAUAUGAUCACUUAUUUGCACCUAAGAAAAAAUCAAAGAAGGGCCAGGAGCAAUUGCAAAAGGUGAAUUCUGUGGUGAGGUCUGAUUUUGAAGGAGGUCUUCCUGCACAAUGCAGUCCUGACAGAAAUACCCAGCGGGGGCAGAGUCCUUUGGUUUCAACUCCAUCUUCAACCAAAGAGUGCCCUCCCAUCCUUGAAGCAGAGUGCUCCUUCUCAGAACUAGGAUCCCAUUCCACUGAUCCCACUGCUCAACUUCUGGAAGGACCUUCAAGUUUUCCAGAGCUGGUGCUGUCUUCCUCAGAUGUUUCUGAAGUUUCUGCUUCUCCAGAUGCAGAAGAGAGAUUCCUGAAAUCAGGAAACUUCGAAAGCAAGCGUCAGAGGAAGCCCACUAAAAAGCUCUUGGAAUCCAAUGAUUUGGACACUGCCUUUAUGCCAAAGAAGGAGGAGUGGACUCCCCCAAAGAAGGGCACUGGCCCUUCAGAGAGUGACAGCUCUGAGCUCUAUUCACCAGCCCACUUCUCGGACCUGGGAGAAGCUUCUGAAAAGCUCUUGGAGAAGCAGCGGAAGCGGAAGAGACAGCGCCAUACCUCUGCUGCAAUGCAUUCCAAGAAGGAGAGAAUUGAGGAGGGGCUGGGGGAGACCCCACACUCUGAGGGGGAGAUAUCAGUUCACGGGACCGCUGCAAGCCCCAAAGAGGGUAACGAAGAGGGGUCAGAGAACGACCAUGGAGUGCCUUCGUCCAAAAAAAUGCAGGGAGAGCGUGGUGGAGGAGCAGCUCUCAAGGAGAAUGUGUGUCAGAUCUGUGAGAAGCCAGGAGAAUUGUUGCUGUGUGAGGCGCAGUGCUGUGGUGCUUUCCACCUGCAGUGCCUUGGGCUGUCCGAGAUGCCAAAGGGCAAAUUCAUCUGCAAUGAGUGUUCCACAGGAGUCCAUACCUGCUUUGUGUGCAAGAGCUGCGGGGAAGAUGUAAAACGGUGCUUGCUGCCCCUCUGUGGGAAGUAUUACCAUGAAGCAUGCAUACAAAAGUAUCCGCCCACAGUCAUGCAGAACAAGGGCUUCCGAUGCUCCCUGCACAUAUGCAUGACUUGUCAUGCUGCUAACCCAGCAAACAUCUCUGCAUCUAAAGGUCGCUUGAUGCGCUGUGUGCGGUGUCCUGUUGCAUACCACUCCAACGACUUCUGCCUUGCUGCUGGGUCCGUGGUCCUCGCCUCCAACAGCAUCAUCUGCCCCAAUCACUUCACUGCACGGAGGGGCUGUCGCAACCAUGAGCACGUCAACGUCAGCUGGUGCUUUGUCUGCUCGGAAGGGGGCAGCCUUUUAUGCUGUGAGUCGUGCCCGGCUGCAUUUCACCGUGAGUGUCUAAACAUUGAGAUGCCAGAGGGAAGCUGGUAUUGUAAUGAUUGCAAGGCAGGCAAAAAGCCACACUACAAGGAAGUAGUCUGGGUGAAAGUUGGGCGCUACAGGUGGUGGCCAGCUGAGAUUUGCCAUCCUAGGACAAUUCCUGUCAACAUCCAGAAAAUGAAACAUGACAUCGGUGAAUUCCCUGUGCUGUUCUUCGGCUCCAAGGAUUACCUGUGGACGCACCAGGCCCGUGUGUUCCCUUACAUGGAGGGUGAUGUCAGCAGCAAAGACAAGAUGGGGAAGGGCGUGGAUGGCAUAUACAAGAAAGCUCUUCAGGAAGCUGCAGUAAGAUUUGAAGAGUUGAAGGCACAGAAAGAACUGAGACAGCUUCAGGAAGACAAAAAGAAUGACAAGAAACCUCCUCCCUACAAACAUAUCAAGGUGAACCGGCCGGUGGGGAAGGUUCAGAUCUUCACUGCAGACUUGUCCGAGAUACCACGUUGCAACUGCAAACCAACAGAUGAAAACCCAUGUGGCCUGGAUUCCGAAUGCAUCAAUCGCAUGUUGCUCUAUGAAUGCCACCCCCUGGUCUGCCCUGCUGGGGAGCGCUGCCAGAACCAGUGCUUCUCCAAGCGGCAGUAUCCUGAGGUACAAAUUUUCCGCACGCUGGCACGAGGCUGGGGCUUGCAAGCCAAAACAGACAUCAGAAAGGGUGAAUUUGUUAAUGAGUAUGUUGGGGAGCUAAUUGAUGAAGAGGAGUGCCGAGCCCGAAUCCGCUAUGCUCAGGAGCAUGACAUCACCAAUUUCUACAUGUUGACACUGGAUAAGGAUCGAAUCAUUGAUGCUGGGCCAAAGGGCAAUUACGCUCGGUUCAUGAACCAUUGCUGCCAGCCAAACUGUGAGACUCAGAAAUGGUGUGUGAAUGGCGAUACUCGGGUCGGGCUCUUCGCAAUUGUAAAUAUCAAAGCUGGGACUGAGCUGACUUUCAACUACAAUCUGGAGUGUUUGGGAAAUGGAAAGACUGUUUGUAAAUGUGGUGCCCCAAAUUGCAGUGGCUUCCUAGGAGUACGGCCAAAGAGCCAACCCACCCUCACUGAGGAAAAGUCCAAGAAGCUAAAGAGACGGCCGCAGAUGAAGCGCAGGUCGCAGGCGGAGGUGAUGAAGGAGCGAGAGGACGAGUGUUUCAGCUGUGGGGACGGAGGGCAGCUAGUUUCUUGUAAGAAGCCAGGCUGCCCCAAGGUGUACCACGCAGACUGCCUCAACCUGACCAAGAGACCUGCAGGAAAAUGGGAGUGCCCGUGGCAUCAGUGUGAUAUGUGCGGUAAGGAAGCAGCUUCUUUCUGCGAGAUGUGCCCCAGGUCCUUCUGCAAGCAGCACCGGGAAGGCAUGCUCUUCAUCUCCAAGCUGGAUGGACGUUUGUGCUGCACAGAGCACGAUCCUUGUGGGCCUAACCCUCUAGAGCCGGGAGAAAUUCGUGAGUAUGUGCCUCCCAUAGGAGCCCUGACUAACAGCGAAGACACCCAGCCACCAGAGCAGCCACCUGCAGACACAGACCUGAGUGUUCAGCCUCUGGACAGCCUACCUCAGUCUGUGGCCCUCAGACUGCAGUCACCAGAAAAACCCCCCGCUACCCUAGCGCUGAAGCUGCCACCAUCAGACAAGCCUCCCACCACCCUAGCCUUGAGGUUGCAGCCAUCAAACAAGCCCCCCACCACCCUGGCCCUCAGGCUGCCUCCACCAGACAAACCACCCGCCACCCUGGCACUGAGACUGCCACCAUCAAAUAAACCCCCCACUACCUUGUCACUGAGGCUGAAGCCAUCGAACAAACCCCCCACCACCCUCUCGCUCCGGCUGCAGCCUUCAGACAAACCUCCCACAACCCUGUCACUCCGCCUGCAGCCAUCGGACAGGCCCCAGGCUGCCCUGUCCCUAAGGCUGCAGUCAGAGAAGCAACCCAUCAUCGUAGCGCUGAGGCCUCAGCAGCCCGACAAACCUCCCACCAAUGCGGUGCUGUGGCCACUGGACGAGUCCUCCAGUGAUGCUUCACAGUCUCAUCUGCCGAGCAAAUCUCCUCCGGGAACACCACAGUCAUCAGACGAGUCACUUGUUACUGCUGGUGCCCUGCAGCUCCAGCUGUCGGACGAGCCUCCAGCCGCCCCUGGGGUUUUGGGGUUAUCGGACAAGUCUCUCAUUGACACCAGGACCCAGCAGCCUGAGCUGCUGGAUGAGUUCCCAGUGAAAUGCCUGCAUCCUCAGCUGUCGGAUAGACUUUUCACCACGGUGGGGACCCUGCAGUCCCAGCCAGUGGAUGAGCCUCCUGCAGCUGAUCAGCCUCAGCCAUUUGACAAAGCUUCUGCCCAGAGUCCACAGCUUCGGUCUGUGGAAAAGGCUCCCAGCUCCAUGGUGCCACAGGUCCCAGCAUCAGAGAUGGCUCCUGGUCCUGGGGUGCUGUGGCCUCUGCCCAUUGAAAAAGUCCCCAGCUCACCAGUCUCACGGAUCCUGCCCGUGGAGAAGGCUUCUGGAUCAGCUGUGCCACGGCCGCCACCUCCAGAGAAGGCUUCCUUCUCCAGGGCAGUGCGGGUCCCAGCCAUGGAGAAUGCUCCCAGCUCUGGGGUGCCCCGUCCCCUGCCUCCGGAGAAGGCUCCUGCCUCGGGGAUGCCACGGAUCCUGCCCACAGAGAAGGCUCCCAGCUUAGGGGCGCCACGGCCCCUGCCUCCGGAGAAGGCUCCUGGCUCCCGGUCACUGCACAUCCUGCCCAUGGAGAAGGCUCUUGGCUCAGGGGCCCUGCGGAUCCCACUCAUGCAGAAGGCACUCACCCCUGGGGUGCUGCGGUCCCUGCCUCCGGAGAAGGCUGCCGACUCCGGGGCCCUGCGGGUCCUGCCUCCAGAGAAGGCGCUCAGCUCUGGGGUGGUUCGGCCUCAGCUCUCGGAGAGGUCUCUCACUCUUACAGCCCCAUGGCCCCAGACAUCGGACAAGCUGGCUGCUGCCGUGGCUCCUCGGCCUCAAGCCUUGGACAAGCCUCUGGCUGCGUCAGCUCCGAGGCUGUUGCUGUCGGAGAAGGCGCUGCGGCCUGUUGACCAGAAUGCUCAGCCGAAGGAGAGAGGAGCCCCAGCUGUGGAGCUGAGUCCCCAGCAGAAAGAGAGGACCAUGUUAGCUGGUGAGCAAAUCUCUUGGUCUGCUGGGAAGGCGGUGACACAUGUUGGACAGGUACCUUGGCCUAUGGAGAAACUACAGACGCAUGAGCAAACCCACUGGCCUACUGCAAAAGCCCUGAUGCCUGCAGAGCAGCCAGCCCGGAUAGCAGAGAAACUACCAGAGCCAACCCUUCAACCCAGCUGGGAAGUGGCCUCAGCCCCUGCAGAACAAACCCCUUGGACAUCAGAGAGAUUGCGUGCAUUUGAGCAGACCCCUCGGCCAGCCAGGGAAGCGCCGGUGCCCCCAGAGCAGAUGCAGUGGCUUGUCACGAACAUUCAGACAAUUGACCAGAUUUCUUGGCUGAGUGGAAAAGCACAGACUCCUCGGGGGCAGGACCCUUUGCCUGAACAAAACACAGCGCUAGCCCGUAACCAGGAUUCUGUCUGUCGUGAGUUGGCCGACUCAGAGCCAAAGUGAGGUUGGUGAAUAUGGGAGGCAGGUUUCAGUCUUUUAAUGUUUAGGGAGGGGGAUCUUUGUUUUGUUUUUUUUAUUCACUUCCCUGAGCCCAGCCCCUAACCCAUGCACAUCCCAUCCAUAUUCUCUCGUGACAUGAGCAAGGACAUUCUCUUAAGUCUGAGUGUGGCCCAGCCGAAGGGAGAGAGCAUCCGUGACCUUUUCCUCUUCCUUUUACAAAUGGUAAAGCUGAAAUAAAGAGUCCACUCUGCGUAAAAAUCUCCAAUUCCAUUUAAAUGGUCACAUUACUGAUCCUACGUGUUCGAGCUCCAGGUCUGAUUUGUAGGCAGGUUCCCAGGUACAGCUAGGAGCCUUGCUCUUAUUACUGUAUUUAGAGGAAGCAGAUCAGUCAGGCUGCCCUGGGACUGGAGAUGUUUCAGGGAUCAGGCGGUGAGCAGUCAGGUGUAUGCCCUUGCUGGACUCUGUAGAAGCAGGGAACAGGUUUAUCUGUCAUCUGCCCAGGUCUCUGUCCCUGCAGAGUGUUGCUUUGCGAGGUUUGACCGUAUGUUCACUGGGACAUGCUGCGUACGUAGUUCACUGAAGGACAGCUAUCGUCUGCAGCUGAGCUGGUAUAGGAGCCUGCUGCACUCACUCAGUGCAGUUUUCUCCAGCAAUAGACAAUAUCCAUUCAGGCUCCUUUGUACAAAGCUGCGACUGGCCAGGCCCGAGAAACGGGGAAUCUGAAGGAGGUCAGGGGAGAGUGUCAUCUUGGAAGAAGCCAUCUGGCAGUUUUUUCAUUCUUGUGUCUUAAUCCUUUAGCACAGGACAUGCGGAGUGUUUCCUGCACUUGAAAACAUUGUGACCUAUAAAGCAGCAAUAGCAGAGUAGGGCAGAGUGGGUUUCCCCAAGGUGCUGAGCACCAUCCUAGCAGGGUGGUGGUGCUCCCUUUCAAAUUUCCAUCCAGUCUCUUGACUUUUUGUCGUCACCAUGAGCCAGCAGACUGAGCAGUCUUUUCUCCCCUUGCCUCAGACAUGUUCAGGACGUGUUCGCAUCAUACCUGGUCUUCCCAGCAGCAGGACGCACUGCUGAGCUGCAAGUGAAGCCUGUACUGUUCGCUACACAGCACGGAGGCAAGGGUGCCGUAGCUGUAUCGGGACCCAUCUCGACACCUUCCCCUUGGGUAGCUUCUGGCUUAACUCUUCUACAACCAAAGGAGACUUGAAUUAACUGGACCGUGUCGGUGUGCGUGUGUGUGUGUGCGCAUGUGUGUCCUUCCAACUGAAUAGUAGUUCUCACACUGGAAGACGGUGGGUUCCAGCAGCUGGCUGGCUUUCUUUUUUCCUCUUCUCCCUUUUCCAGUUAAGGAGAUGUUUAGUACCUGGUGGUCAUCAGGCUGGUGUCCAGACUAGGCCUGCUGAAAGCCGUUUACUCAAGCAUUGAGGCAGAAGUUCACUUGGCCGUGGUACUCGUGGGGCAAGCGGUAGCAUCCCAGGGACCUGCAGAGUGGCGUCUUGCAACCGCCGGCACCCUUGCAGGCAGGAGGAGGAUGGGCCUCCCUGGGCAGCACUGCUCGGGCUGGAUGGGGUUGGUAUCCUGCCAAGGAAGCACUGCUGACCAACACACUCUCCCACUUUCACAACACAUUACCUCUGUGGUUUGCCUGAGCUCUGCCGAUCCGGGUGCCGCAGCCUCGGAUCUCCGUGCCCGCUACCAGACCAUUGCACAGCUCCAGCAUAUCCUUCUGCUUCCAGGCAGAUCUGCCAGUCCCUCCCUGGAAAGGGAGCAUUCAGCUCCAGGCUGACCCUCUCCCUCUGACGUGGGAGCAGGUCCUUGUUCCCACCUGGUUUGCAAGUGCCUGCUGCUCCCAGAGCAGACAGUCAUGAGCUUUGUGGUUUUCUAUGAAGGGAGGCAGACACUUGUACUGAGACAAAUCCUGAUCCAUUCUCCUUUCCUGAUGUAUGCACCCCAAGACAAUGUCCUGCUGUGAAGGCCGGGUGUGCUGGGCACGAGGGGACAUUACCAGUGCUAUGGUGCAUCUCUUCUCUAGUCCAAAUCAUUUCAGAUCCUUUGUAGAAUAGCUAGCAACUUCAAAAAGCUUUAUGGCUUAUGGAAACUUACUGUUUAACUUUUUUUUUUUUCCGGGAAGACUGGCAGGUCAGUUCCUGCUUGCUGCUGAAACUGGGGAAAUGCAAGCAGCUUGUGUUUCUGCGUGACUCCUGCACAAAGGGAAUCAGGACAACUCCUCAGAGCCAUUGAGAGAGAAGAUAAUCUAAGGGCAUUCAUUAACUUUUUUAAACAAAAUU